GAUGAUCAUGUGACUGGAAAGGGCGGAGCUUAUAAAUUGAUGACGUCACAGAAAGGCUGAGGUUCCUAUAAGGUGUCAGGAUGUGGCGGUCUAUUUCUUCAUGGAGGAGUGGGAGUAUGUAGAAGGACACAAGGAUCUGUACCAGGACAUAGUCAUGAUGGAGGAUCACCGGCCCCUCACAUCACAAGAUGGAGUCAUUGAUAGAAAUCCACCCGAGAGGUGUCCCCGUCCUCUGUAUUCCCAGGACUGUCCAGAGGGAAAUGUCCCAGAGAAUUAUCAGGUUGAAGAUCAGAUUAAUAUUAAAGUUGUGGUUAAAGAUGAACCAGAAGAUGAGACGAAUUUCUGGGCCGAUCCCCCGUGUAUGAGGGAAGUGAAGGAGGAAAUUCCAGCAGGUGUUACCCCAGAAAAUCCCAGUAAGAAUUCUGAGGGAAACUUCAUGUUAUCCCUGAAUGAUAAAGGAGAAUAUGAAGAUAUGAUGGAGCGCUCCUCAGGAGAAGACCUCCUUACCCCUAAUGUCCAUCCAGAUCUAUCCUAUAAUAAUCCACCUGAUCAUGAGGAACCUUCUCCUGACCAACCACACAUUGUUACCACAAGGACAGAUCAGGAACAUGGGAAAGGUUUAAAUUGUGAGGAAUGUGGGAAAGAGUUUACAAGAAGAUCAGGUCUCAUUAGACACAGAAAAAGUCAUAUAGGAAAGAAGCAGUAUGUGUUUGGGGAACGGUGUAUAACACAAUCACAUCUUACUGUACAUGAGAGAAUUCAUGCAGAAGAGACGCCAUAUUCAUGUUCAGAAUGUGGGAAACUUUUUAAAUGUAAAUCACAGCUUGUUAGACAUAUGAGAAUUCACACAGGGGAGAAGCCAUAUUCAUGUUCAGAAUGUGGGAAAUGUUUUAAACGAAAAUCACAUCUUUCAGAACAUGAGAGAAUUCACACAGAAGUGAAGCCAUAUUCAUGUUCAGAAUGUGGGAAAUGUUUUAUAAGUAAGUCAGAUCUUGUUAUACAUGAGCGAAUUCACACAGGAGAGAAGCCAUAUUCUUGUUCAGAAUGUGGUAAAUGUUUUCACAGUAAAUCACAGCUUGUUAAACAUGAGAGAAUUCACACAGGAGAGAAGCCAUAUUCAUGUUCAGAAUGUGGGAAAUGUUUUAUAAGUAAGUCAGAUCUUGUUAUACAUGAGAGAAUUCACACAGGAGAGAAGCCAUAUUCAUGUUCAGAAUGUGGGAAAUGUUUUAAACAAACAUCACAUCUUUCAGAACAUAAGAGAAUUCACACAGGAGAGAAGCCAUAUUCAUGUUCAGAAUGUGGGAAAUGUUUUAAACAAAAAUCACAUCUUUCAGAACAUAACAGAAUACACACAGGAGAGAAGCCAUAUUCAUGUUCAGAAUGUGGGAAAUGUUUUAUAAGUAAGUCAGAUCUUGUUAUACAUAAGAGAAUUCACACAGGAGAGAAGCCAUAUUCUUGUUCAGAAUGUGGUAAAUGUUUUGCAAGAAAAUCACAGCUUGUUAUCCAUGAGAGAAUUCACACAGGAGACUGAUAGAUUAAAUAUAAAUGAUAAAAAUAUAAUAAUACGGUAUGUAGAAUGGAAAUAUGAGAUCUCAAGUCACAGUAAAAUGUGAUGUUUCUAAGUUCUGUUGUGAGAAUUAACCCUCGAAUAAACUUCAUAAUGAAACCUAAGCAGAA